GCCGAAUGCCGCCCAGCUUGCGAGAAUAUAUAAAAGCAGGGGCAUCUGCCUUAGCAAUCACUAACUCUUUGGCAGUGCAAGUGUUCAAUAGCGCUCGUGCUUCAAGUGUGAUCUAGUUUGUGCUCAGAAAUGGCUCUGCUUAAGGUUUCUUUCGUGGCUCUGGCCUUCGUGGCCGCCGUGGUUGCCGAACCACCCCCGAACUCGUACCUGCCACCAACCACCGGCGGCUACAACUACAACAAACCCUCACCCGCCUUCCAACCUACCCGUCCUGCCACCUUCACACCCCCACCCCCACCUCCUCCCUCUAGCUUCAGACCCCCUGCACCUGCCCCCAGCUAUGGACCCCCUACUGGACCUAGCAACGUCCGCCCUGUCACCCUGAACCCUCCUUCUCACGAUCACGAUCACCACGAGCCUGGCAUGCCCUUCGACUUCAACUACGCCGUUAAGGACGACUACUACGGCACCGACUUCGCUCACAACGCUGUGUCCGACGGCGAUGUCGUCCGCGGCGAGUACCGCGUGCUGCUGCCUGACGGCCGCACCCAGAUCGUCCGCUACACCGCCGACUGGAAGAACGGCUACAAUGCUGAGGUGACCUACGAGGGAACCGCCUCCUACCCCCAACCCGCGGCAACCAACCUCAACAACCAGUACGGACCCCCCAAGACCGGAUACUAAAGCAACCCUUUUAGUAAAACGCCCCGAGUCUCCCCUACCCCCAAAAAACACCCGCACCGGAAUGUCUGCAACCUGAGACGCUUUCAGUUGGAACACUUUUCCGUUUUUAGCCUGAAUUUUUCUCCACCCGACUCGCCUUGAGUGCCAACCUCUUCCCUUUUUUUAAAAGUAAAAAACUUAGGCGAGCUGAUUGAAGGAAAGGUGAUUUCCAUUGAAAGCGUUCGGGGAUGCUGAGAACGCCGCUUUUUGCGUGCGUUACCGGUUGCAUCACCUACUUCCAAGGUUACCAUAUUAAUUUUAAGAAGUGUCAUGCUGACGCCCGCUGUAUAUUUAUUUAUAUGACUUCUGUCCGUCGGCUUAUAUAAAACGCCGACCAAAUCCAUUCGGACCGACUAACGCUUCACGCGAAAAUUGCUCUUUACGCUUCUUUUAUAUGCAAAUAUGUAAAAAUGUCAAGUGAUGGGAUCGACAGUUACCAUUUUUGAACCACGAGCUUACCAGCCACGGCAUGAUGUGAUUUGCUUUCGUCUAAUGGUCUGAGAGUUUGGCCGUGCAAACGGACUGCUCCUCUCCAAUGCAAUUUAUAUGUGAAUGUGUAUCGCACUUGUAAAUUUGCCUUUUGACGCAAUAAACAAGUUUUUACAUGAA